AGCGUGAAGGACUCAUAACGUCAAACAUGGAAGGCGAGGUGUUCGACCAAAAUGGUAGGGUGAUAGAUCCUGAGAUUCCAGGGGUCACAAGGGAAGAGGCUCUUUGUAUGGCCGCACUUGGUCCCAACGCACCAGGAAUGUUCCGAAUUUGGCAGGAACGGGAAGAACCAGUAGUGCAGGUGGAAGAUAUAACUAACUUGGAAGAGAAAGUGAAUAGGAUGGGGAUUGGAGAAAACAAGGGAAACGUGCCGCUGGUGGAAGAAGAAACAGAGGAGGAAGACGUUAGGGCUAACGUCAGAGACACGUUCGAUAGGAUGGAAGACUUGGUAGACAAAAUGCAGAGGCUACAUCUGAGGCUUCAAGGGAUAUGUGAAGAAGCAGGAAAAGAAGGAGCUGGAUGCCCAAAGGUAUUUACCAUGGGGCGUGGGGGAACGGGAGAUGGGCCAAAUGUACCAAACCCGAGAAUGUUGAGAGCCAAUAUGGCCGCAAGGAACAGUGGAAGUCAGAGAAGUAUGAGAGGAACGAUUCCAUUCGCUACAAGAAGACCCGCAGGAGGGAAUCCUCAAAAGGAACAAGCCCAGGCUUCCCAGCCAGCAGAAGAAGAACCACCUAUCACGGUAGAGGGUGAUGAGGAUGAGGAUGGGAAGAUUAGGGAGGAAGAAGAAAGGCAGGCGGAGAUAAGGGCUAAAAGAAGGAAAGGCGAAGCUAAGGAAGGAAGAUCAAAAGGGGAUACGAGACCAAGCAAGAAGAGAAAGUACCAAACUUCGAUCGAAGAAGGGGUGGAUCUGGAAGGCCUGGUGAAUAAAUUGUUGGAGGGGCACAAUGAACUGUUAAACCUGAAAGAAAUCCUCGCUUCAGCUCCUAAGUUAAGAGAGAUGGUGAAGGCUAGGUUAUCACGCCGGAGAGUAGCCUCGGUCCGAAUGGGGGAUUUGAUUCCCAAAGAGGCAAACGGGAGCGUGGCAGGGAGUAAAAUGGACUGGAAAUUCGUAGGCACAGGAUCCAUUGAUGUUAUGAUAAAGGGAAAGAUGCAUCCUGGGAUGGUUGAUACCGAGGCAGAAAUGAAUAUUGUAAAUGGGGAAACCGCGGUAAAACUAGGGUUGGAGGUGGAUGAGAAUGAUCGCGGGUUCCUCAACGGAGCCAGCAGCAAGACUGGAUACACUGGUGUCGCAUCAAAUAUGGUCAUAGAAAUAGAAAGAGUCAAGCGAAUGAGGGAAGACAUCCAGAACGGGCCUUGUCGUAUCGACGAUGAGACUGAGAAAGAACUGAUAAUAGGGGAACCUGGCUUUCUGACAAGGCAAGAGGAGGACUUGGUAAAAGAACUGAUACGUGAAAAACAUGGGGCAUAUGCCUUCAACGAUGAUCAACGUGGAAGGUUGGAUGUGGACAAGAUAGAAAUGAUCCGUAUUCAUACUGUACCUCAUGAACCAUGGAAUGUCCGAGGGUCUAAGUAUCCCAACCCUGAGGAUCGCAGAAGGGUGGUAGAGUACCUAGAUGGGAAGAUCCGCACGGAUGUGGCAGGGUACUCCAGUGGACCAUAUGCCUCUCCCUGGUUCUGUUUUGUAAAGCCAAAUGGAGUUCUCAGAUGGGUGCAAGACCUCCAGCGACUGAACGCGGUAACUGUAAGGGAUGCAGGGGGUCUGCCCAAUGCUGACAAGUUAUCAGAAGCUUGUGCAGGUAGGUCGAUUGUGUCCCUCAUCGACCUCUACUCUGGAUAUGAUAAGUUUCCAGUCUAUCCGGCAGACCGUCCCAUCACGACGAUGCACACGCCAAGGGGAUUAGUCCAUAUGAAUGUUGCGCCACAAGGAUGGACCAAUGUUGUGGCCAUGGUGCUACGAAGCAUGAUCAGGGUAAUGCAGCCAAUCAGCCCUCAGAUCACCGAGCGAUACAUAGACGAUCUUGCCGUCAAGGGUCCGAUUGAGAAGGAUGAGUCAGAAGUGGCUCCAGUGGAGAGAAUGGGUGACAAGGAAAGGAUUGCGAAUGUGAGAGGAGCAAGAACGUACAAGAGGAGAAUUGAAGGAGUGGUGGCAGGUUGCACAAGGUGGAGGGUAUGCAAGGUGAGACUAUGGAGAGACAUGAGGGAAUUCCCAAGGGAUGAUGUGGAGGAUGAUUUAAGGUUUGAUGGGACCAAUCUGGAAGACUUUAUUGAGAGCUUGCAGCUAGCCACUGAGAGGGGCGAAUGGAGCGAGGAGGAAAAGAGGAAGCAGUUGAUCGCAAGAUCAGACAAAUGCGAAAAGGAGAAAAUAAGAGGAAUUGUGGAAGGGAGUCGGACCUGGAAAAGGAUAAUGGUAGAACUGUGGAUGGCCUACACCCAGGCCAGGCAAGAUCAGAUAAAGAAGGAAAGGUUGCAAAAGAAGGGGCUAUGGAUUGGAAGAGAAGUGACUGAGUCGCAGGGAAAGGAGGAAGAUAAUGAAGAAGAGGAUAAUGUACCUCUGAAGAAGUUGAAGAACAAGGCGAGGGUCUUCCACAAAAGCAGCAGCAAGGAAUCUGAGCAGGUUGAGGGAGAUGAACAGGAAGAGGAGGAGGCAUCAGAGGAGAGGAAAAGAAGCAUGGGGGCCUGUAUGGUACCAAGGAAGAAGAAAUUUGGAAAGAAAAGGGCAAUUGAGAGUGGAAGGAAAGAGGUACAAGAAAGGGUGAGUGAAAAAGGGGAAGAAGUAGAAGAUGAAGAGGGAAAGGAGGUCAAGGGAGGAGGCAAGGCUCCCAAAGUCAAGAGAACUAAGGAAAAAAGGCCAAUUGGGGACAAGGAAGAGACAAGUGGGAUAGGAAAGAAGGAAGAUGAGAAUGAUGGCCAGGUGGAGAAGUUGAUGAGAGAUAUGGAAGAAAUGAGGAAGAAAGUAAGAGAAUUGAACGAAGAGAAGGAGGAAUUGCAAAAAGAAAUGAGCCAAUUGAGGGUCACCCUGAAUGUGCGGAGCAGAGAACUGGAAGAGGAAGUGGCCACAAGAGUACAGAUCUAGUAUCCCCACUUUCAGUCAUUAUAUUUUAUGUGGGAGACCCGAGUUAAAAUCCC